AUGGAACCCUCACAAGAAGAAGCAGCCCUUGGAGGUCCCAAAGAGCACACCCAGAUCAUCGUCAAGGGCAAGCGCACCAAGCGGCAGAGACCGCAGUCGCCGAUCCUUUUUGUGAGCACUGGAUCGCCGAUGAGUUCUGAAGGGGGCGAUUGUGUCGACAACAGUGAGAGCGACAAGGCCGCCGACCUCUCUCCCUCCACUUCUACCAAAUUCCCCGGCGGCUGCACGGAGGAAGAGGAGGACAUGGCCAAUUGCCUGAUCCUCCUAGCUCAAGGCCAAUCCAAAGAGCCCUCGAGAAGGGUUGUUAUUCAAGAAGACCACGACAACAGCAAUAAAUUCACGAGCAAGAGGUACUUGGAGGGCUAUUGUGUCUAUGAGUGCAAGACUUGCAACAAGACCUUCCCUUCCUUCCAAGCCCUAGGUGGUCAUCGGGCGAGCCACAAGAAGCUGAAGUUGGCAACAGCCGCGGCUGAAGAGAAGCCGCCACUGUAUAAGCAAUUCAUGUUCUUGCCAUCCUCGCCGGAACAAGAAGAAGGAGAAUUCAAGAAAGUUUCGACUUUCUCUCUUGGGAAUAUUAACAUUUACGGGAGCAAUGGUAAUUGCAAGAAGCAGGCCAAGAUCCAUGAGUGCUCCAUCUGUGGCACCGAGUUCACAUCGGGCCAGGCCUUGGGAGGCCACAUGAGGCGACACCGCCCCCCGGUUGCUGUCGGGGUGAAGCUAGAAUCCGACGAUGAAUCCACGCGGCUGAGCGCCAACGGGCUCUUGUCCCUUGAUUUGGAUCUCAACCUCCCAGCCCCAGAAGAAGAGAACCGUGAUCAUUUGUUUCUCUUGAGCUCCAAACAACAGCAUCAUCAUCAGAAGCAAUCUCAUGCUCCAAUCUUUGUCUCGGGCCCCGCAGUCGUGGAUUGCCAUUACUGA